UCCAAGAUGGCCUCUGCGGAUGGAGAAUAGAGCGGAGUGUCAUCCGAACUGAGGCCGACGAACAACGCUCUGACCCGUGCACACAAACCACUGAGGACCGGCCCCAGCACCAAGACCGGACCGAGCUGAACCGGAGUCGAACCGACACCAGUCUCUUCUGAAGGCAGACCUACAUCUCUCUGCAGACAUGGACACCACUACGUCCAUAAAGAUGACCACUCUGGCCAUCCAGAACCUGUUUGUUCUGGUGGAGGAGGAGAACCUGGCUGGGCUCAAGGCUCAUCUGGAUCGCUACAAGGAGGUGGACGGACGCAGUGAUAAUGGUCAAACCCCUCUGAUGCUGGCUGCGGAGCAAGGCAGUCUGGAGAUUGUUCAGGAGCUGAUCCGGAGAGGAGCCAACGUCAACCUGGACGACGUGGACUGCUGGUCAGCUCUGAUCUCAGCGGCGAAGGAAGGACAUCUGGAGGUGGUGAGGGAGCUGCUGGAAAACAGCGCCUACAUUGAGCACCGCGACAUGGGUGGCUGGACGGCUUUGACUUGGGCUUGUUAUAAAGGACGAACAGAAGUGGCAAAACUCCUGCUGGAAGAAGGAGCCAACCCCAACACCACCGGACAGCAGUACAGUGUGUAUCCGAUCAUCUGGGCUGCAGGACGUGGACACUCAGAGAUUGUCAAACUUUUACUGGAGCACGGAGCCAAAGUCAACUGCUCUGACAAGUACGGCACCACUCCUCUGAUCUGGGCGGCGCGAAAAGGACACUACGACUGUGUGAUGCACCUGCUGGAGAACGGAGCCGAUGUGGACCAAGAGGGGGCGAACUCGAUGACGGCGCUGAUCGUGGCGGUGCGUGGUGGUUACACGGAUGUAGUGAAGGAGUUGCUGAAGAGGAACCCAAACGUGAACAUGACGGAUAAAGAUGGGAACACCGCAUUAAUGAUCGCUGCCAAAGAAGGAUUCACUGAAAUCGUCCAAGAUCUACUAGAGGCCGGGACCUAUGUGAACAUUCCAGACCGGAGUGGGGACACGGUGCUGAUCGGAGCGGUGAGAGGAGGACACGUCGAGAUUGUCAGAGCUCUGCUGCAUAAAUACGCUGACAUUGACAUCAGAGGACAGGAGGGGAAGACGGCUCUGUACUGGGCAGUGGAGAAAGGAAACGCCGCCGUGGUGCGAGACAUCCUGCAGUGUAACCCUGACACAGAGACCUACACCAAGGAUGGAGAGACUCCUCUGAUCAAAGCCACAAAGAUGAGAAACAUCGAGAUUGUGGAGCUGCUGCUGGACAAAGGAGCCAAAGUCUCAGCGGUGGACAAGAGGGGGGACACACCAUUGCACAUCGCAAUUCGCGGUCGGAGCAGGCGAUUGGCCGAGCUGUUGCUAAGGAACCCCAAAGAUGGCCGCCUCCUGUAUCGCCCCAACAAGAGCGGAGAGACACCGUACAACAUCGACUGCAACCACCAGAAGAGCAUCCUCACACAGAUCUUUGGAGCACGACACCUGUCUCCUUCGGACUCUGGCGGGGACAUGCUUGGUUAUGACCUGUACAGUUCUGCUCUGGCUGACAUUCUGAGUGAACCCACGAUGCAGCCGCCCAUCUGUGUGGGACUUUACGCUCAGUGGGGCUCCGGCAAGUCCUUCCUGCUCAAGAAACUGGAGGAUGAGAUGAAGACGUUUGCAGGUCAGCAGGUGCAGCCUCUGUUCCGGUUCUCGUGGUUAGUCCUGGUUCUGACUCUGGUGUUAUGUGGAUCUGUUGGUUUGGUUCUGGGUUUCACCGUGGAUCCUCGUUUGGCUCUGGCUGUGGCUCUCAGUCUGCUCGCUCUGCUCUACCUCUUCUUCGUGGUGGUGUACUUUGGCGGGCGCAGAGAGGGCGAGUCCUGGACGUGGGCAUGGCUCCUCAGCACGGCUCUGGCUCGUCACAUUGGAUACCUGGAGCUGCUGCUGAAACUGAUGUUUGUGAACCCUCCAGAGCUGCCAGAGCAGAGCACCAGAGCCCUGCCAGUCAGGUUCCUGUUCACAGACUACAGCCGCCUCUCGUCAGUGGGAGGAGAGACGUCAAUGGCAGAGAUGAUCUCCACUCUGUCUGAUGCCUGUGAGCGCGAGUUUGGAUUCAUUGCCACCAGAUUGUACCGAGUUUUCAAGACCGAAGAGAACCAGGGUAAGAGGAAGUGGAAGCGUUCCUGUUGUGUUCCCUCAGUUCUGCUCUUCUCAUUGGUGCUCAUCUGUGUUUUGGGAGGACUUGGUCUUCUAGCCUUCCUCAGGGCCGAAUCCGGGUCAAAGUCUGGUCCGGGUCUGGAGGGGUCUGAGGAGGACUAUAAUGACGGGAUUAGGGCUGUGCUUGUGGGUCUGGCCACGGUUAUCGCACUGCCGCUACUGCUUCACUGUAAAACCUGGUUCCACAUGAUCCACUCUCUGCUCCAUUCUCAACGCAGCCGACUCCACAGCGCCACCACCAGGCUGCACAAGCUCAAGAGUGAGGGCUUCAUGAAGGUGCUGAAGACGGAGGUGGAGCUCAUGGCUAAAAUGGCGCGCACCAUCGACAGCUUCACGCAGCACCAGACGCGACUCGUGGUUGUCAUCGACGGUUUAGACUCCUGUGAACAGGACAAGGUGCUGCACAUGCUUGACACGGUGCGCGUGCUCUUCUCCAAAGGUGCAUUCAUCUCGAUCUUUGCGUCUGACCCUCACAUCAUCAUAAAGGCUAUAAACCAGUCCCUGAGCAGCGUUCUGAGGGACUCCAACAUAAACGGACACGACUACAUGCGCAACGCUGUGCACCUGCCCGUGUUCCUGCACAGCCGCGGCCUCUGCCCUGCCCGCCGGCAAGUGCAGGCCCCGCCCCCACCGCAGCCCGCCAAUGGGGAGGCGGAGCCAGGCAGCCAACGCCAGACGCUCUCUGAAGCCGGGUGGCACGAGGAGCUGGACCGGAAACUCUCUCAGACCAGUUUGGCAGAUCUCAAGUUUGGAAGCAAGACCACCUUGAACCGACGGGACACAUGUCGACGCAGGCAGAGACCCGUCACUCGACAGAUGUCAUUGGAUUUGACCAAACUGAUGUUGGCUGAAGACUGGUUCAAUGACAUCAGCCCCCAGAACAUGAGACGCCUUCUCAACAUCGUGUCUCUGACAGGACGGCUGCUACGAGCCAAUCAGAUCAGUUUCCAGUGGGACCGUUUGGCGUCGUGGAUCUCUCUGACGGAGCAGUGGCCCUACAGAAGCUCCUGGAUCCUCUUGCACCUGGAGGAAAGUGCUGACAUCCACGACCAGGCCUCUCUGAGGUCCAUAUAUGAGAGAGUGUGUAAGCUAAUCCCCUCGUCCAAAGACGUAGAGCCUUUGCUGGAGAUUGACGCAGACGUUCGUAGUUUUGAGGUGUUCCUUUCGUCUCGUCAGCCGGCACUCACCGCUCGAGACGUCCGAACCUUCCUCCCCUGCACCAUCAACCUCGACCCCAAGCUCCGUGAGAUCAUCUCAGAUGUGCGUGCGGCACGGGAGCAGGUGGCAGUCUCAGGUCCGACCUUUACCCCAAUGGACCCCAGACCCACUUCCAUCUAUAGCCAGGUGUCUCUGUCGCCCUCUGCCUCCUACAGCGGAAUUACAGGUCCCCAGCACCCGUACUACAACAGGCCGUAUUUCCCUCCUCAUCACCUUUACGCUCUGCCACGCCCCCUUGUGGCCAUGCCCUUCACCUGCCCGCUCCCGUCUGCUCCUCUGAAGUUCUGCCACAGACCGAGUCCAAGCUGGGACACCGUCUCAUCUUUGAAACGCAAACAGGGCCCUGGCUCUGUGUUGGCCCCGCCCCUCCUGCUCAGUGCCAUGACGACAGAGGCGGUUUGUGAGCGUGUGCAGACGAUGGCUGGCCUGGACGCCAGCAUGCUCCCUCAGUACAGUGCCACCAUGAGGAAGGCCAACAUAAAUGGUCGGGUUUUGUCUCAGUGUAACAUUGAUGAGCUGAAGAAAGAAAUGAACAUGAACUUUGGAGACUGGCAGCUCUUCAGAGCCGCUGUUCUGGAGAUGCGUCACGCUGAGGGCCUGCGGGAGGAAGUGGGCAGUGAGGCAGGAAGUGUUGCUGUGGAGUCAGUGCGCUUGGUCCCGCCCCUCGCCAGGUCAGAGUUUGGUUUCAACCUGAGUUUUGACGAACUCAGCAACAUGGGCCUGGAAGAGCAGCGCCCCCGCUGGACCGGCACGGGCCCUCCAGACUCUCCAGAAUCCAGUGAUAUUUGGCAUCUGACAGACCGACAGCAGGCAGAGUACCGUACGGCCUACCAGGACUAUAUCACCCAUAUGUCCAGCCUGGACCAAGACCAGGACCGGAACCAGGACCAGAUCCGAGACCGGGCCGAACCAGACCGAACUGAACCGGACCGUAGAGUCCUCAAGAGGAACUCCAUCAAACUCCCAGAAGACAGCGACAUUCUACACCCAAUCAGAGAAGACCACGAGGAGGAGGAACCAGGAACCAGCGCCAAAGUCCAUACCAGAGACCAGGCAAGGGACCAGACCAAAGUCCAGACCAGAGACCAGACCAGGGACCAACCCAGGAGCGGGCAGUACCAGAAACUCAGCGAUGAAGACUCAGAAGCACUGGACAAGAAAGACUCCUCUGAUUCUGGAGUCAGGUCCAAUGAGAGCUCUCCAAACCACUCUCUUCAAGAGGAGGAGCCGAGCCGGGCCAAACCGGUCCAAGAUGGCCGCAUGUCCAUCUGCUCGGACCAGGGCAGCGUGGGGGCUCACGUUUGGGAGGAGGAGACCUUCAACAACCUGAACAGGGCCAAGACCCAGCAGAGCCAUGAGACCGGAACCAACCAGAGUCUCAACAACAACCGUCCUGGUCCAGACCAAGAUCGGACCCAAGACCAGACCCAAGUCCAGACCCAGAACGAGAAUGUGCGAGUGUUGCACCUGAAGAGAGGUCUGAAGCCCGGAGACCCUCCUGAGGUCACCACAGUGUCUAGAGAAACUGUAUGUUUCAGCUCAGAGAGAGAGAGCAUUCUGUAGACCAGGAUUAGACCAGGACUAGACCAGCACUAGACAAAGACUAGACCAGAACGAGACCAGGACUAGACCAGGACGGGACCAGGACUAAACCAGCACUGGACCAGGACUAGACCAGCACUAGACAAAGACUAGACCAGAACGAGACCAGGACUAGACCAGGACAGGACCAGGACUAAACCAGCACUGGACCAGAACGAGACCAGCACUAGACAAAGACUAGACCAGGACGGGACCAGGACUAAACCAGCACUGGACCAGGACUAGACCAGCACUAGACAAAGACUAGACCAGCACUAGACCAGGAAGGGACCAGGACUAAACCAGGGCCAGGACUAAAAGGGGAGGUGUGAUGAUGGUAAAAUAUAAUCAGUGAGUAAAAGUCUUGUUCUCUAGUUCUGUAGCUCUGCUCUUGUGUCGCUAAAACAAACUAAACAAGAGGUGCCCAAAAUAUAGUGCGCUCCCGUCUGUGCCCCCAACAACACAUCAUUAAAGAUCAUUUAGAUCUAUCUCUCAUUGUGCUGUCAAAUCUGACACUAGAAUCCAAACUAGAUCCUCAUUUUUCAGGUAUCAAUACUAAAAAAGUCCCAUUGACAAAAAUGAACCUACACACACUGACACACAUGGACCACUAUGAACCUACUGCACACUGAGGAUUACACACAUAUAUAUACACAUAGAAAACAAAGUACUAACAUUAAAUGUUGUGAAAUUACAGCAUAUUGUCUAAAGAGUGUUUUUAUUAUCAUCAUGGUAUCGGAAUCAGUAUCAAGUCUUUUUGCACAAUGCCUCUUAUGGUUAAGAUCAUGGUCCAUUCUGCCUGUAAAAGCUAAAGUCUAAACCUCAAAAGGAGCAAAACUGAAAUUGUCCUUAAAUUUGAGAAUAAUCUUUAAAAAAUAAAUACAUGUGUUUAGAUGAGCAAUGCUAUGAAAAUUUUAGUUUUAUGAAAAGUGAAAAUCAUCAGUCUCAGUGUUUCUGUGGAGCGCGCUCUGUUCAGUCUCAGUGUUUCUGUGAAGCGCGCUCUGUUCAGUCUCAGUGUUGUUCAAAUGUGUUGUGGUUUUGCCUAAAUAAUGUGACGAUUGUGAAAAUAUUUUAUAGUAGAUGUAAGAUUUUAGAUGUUGUAACGUUUAUGGUAUAAUUCUUGUAACUGUUGGGGAUGGAACAAAAUCUCGUGCAACAAGAUCUUGUGAGAUAAAAUGAUGUGGUGAGAUUUUCCUGUAUUUAUGUUUGGGUUGGACUAAAAACAGUUACGUGUCAGUGAGUUACAUCUCUUUAACGUUGCAAAAUGCUAGAACUAGCAUGGCAACAAAAAUAUGAAAUAAAAUAAAUCUCGUUCUCGUGGACAGAGCUCGAACUGCUCUAGACACGAUCUCAGCCCAUUCUCAACCCGAUCUCAUGUCGAUCUCAUGUCUUGUCUUGUGGACCCGAUCUCGGCCCGGCCUCGAUGUAAUCUAAACCUGCUCUUGAUGCAAUCUCGACGUGAUCUCAACCCAAACUAGACCCAAUUUCAACUCAGUCUAGACCCAAUUUUGACCUGAUUUCAACCCAAUCUAGACCCGAUCUCAACCCGAUCUUGUGUCUCAUCUUGUGGGAGUUGUCCCAUCCUUAAAAAAUCUAUUAUAUGUUGAAUGAAUUCCGUUUAUUUAUCUUGCUUGUAUUUAUUUGACCAUAAACUGCUUCAUAUGGAGUACUCAAAUGCUAAAAUUACAGCAAACAUUUAACUUUUUUUUUUAUUGUUAUUUUAAAAACAGAUAUUGAAACUUUAAUAUAAUUUAGUAUUUAGCACAAGUGGUUAUCAUUUAUUUAUUUCUUGAUAUUUUCUGCAGUGGAAAAUGUUGUAAAACUGUUAAACUUGUGACAGUAUUUCAGUAUUUACAUUUUGUGAAGUAUUUGUGUAAAACGCGCAGUGUCUGCUCCCUCUGGUGGACAUUGGUGGAACUGCUGUAUGUCCUAAAUAAACUUCUGCAUGUGACGA